AUGAAGUUCUUGGGAGUCUUCUCUCAUCUCCUCAAAUGCCCCUUGCUUCUCAGGCACUUGAAUAUCAGACGAGCAAGAGGCAGCCGUCAGGGCUGCUUUCUUCCUCGUGGCUUCGAAAUUGACUGGUGCUUGGGCAGCUUAACUGUUUUUAAUAAGGAGGAUUUUGAAGGGGUAUUGGUCAGGGUGGCGAGUGGAGGCUUUGGGCAGGGGUACUAAGUGAAGCACAAGUGGUGAAGGAUGAUCUAUGCUGUGAAAUGCUCCCCGUGUCUGCUACUGGAUUCCAGCUCAGACAGCAUGAACUGCCUUGUCGAAGAGUCAGCCAAGAUGGAGAAAAUAAAAUUGCAGCAUAUUGUCUCCAUCUAUGGGAUUUGCCCACUGGGGAUAGUGAUGGGAUACAUGGCUCAGGGGACCUUGGAGACAGUGCUCCCCACCCACAAACUGUCCUGGCAGCUCAAGUUCCGCAUUAUCCAUGAGAUGGGGUUGGCUAUGAAUUUCCUGCAUAACACGACACCCCCUUUACUUCACUUAGACUUAAAACCGGGGAAUAUCCUUCUAGAUGGGAGUGUGCACAUUAAGAUUUCAGACUUCAGGUUGUCCACUUGGAUGGAGCAGUCGAGCUGGGUGCAGUAUAUUGAGAGGUCAGCCUUGAGGGGCACCCUGAGCUACAUCCCACCCAAAAUGUUUCUCCAGAGCACCAGGCCUCCAGGAACUGAAUACGAUGUGUAUAGCUUCGGGAUUAUCAUUUGGGAGGUUCUUAUGCAGAAGAAGCCAUACUCAGUUUGGGAGCCCUCAAGCUGUUAUAUCACUCAGUUGCUUUCUCUUUCUCACACUCCAUUUCCUCUGCCCUUACAGACCGAUUUCCCACAUUCCCCCACUAGCGAGGUCGAGGGCCUGGAGAGCUUCAUAAUGUCCAAGGAAGUCUGCAGGGCCCAGGAAAAUGGCCUCACCCUGCUUCACCUCAUGGUGGUUCAAAGAAAUGUGGAGAAGGUGAAGUUUCUGUUGAGUUGGGAGGCCAACGUGUACAGCCAGCUGGACUGUGGCUACACCCCACUCAUCGUGGCUGUCCAGAAGACGUCACCAGAGAUCUGCUCAGCUCUAAUAGAGCACAGCGCGGAUGUCAGUGUGGCUGACAAAGACGGCCGGUCCCCUUUUCACUUCACGGCUCAGAACGGGGAUGACAGGAUUGCACUCCUCUUGCUGGACUACCAGGCGCGGGCAGACUCCCAAGAAUGUGAAGGCUGGACUCCACUCCACUUGGCAUCUCAGAACAACUUCGAGAAUGUGGCCCGGGUGCUGCUUUCCCGCCAGGCUGACCCCAACUGCCAGGAGAACGAUGGGAGAACUGCCCUCCAUGUGGCAGCUUGCUUCGGGCACAUCAGUCUUGUGAAACUCCUGGCCAGCCAAGGAGCUGAGCUGGAGAGGAAGCAGAAGAACCACCGGACCCCACUGCACUUUGCCAUGGAGAGGGGUAAGUUCAGGGUGGUCCAAUACCUGCUGAAGAGUGGGGCAUCUGUCAAUUGCCUGGGUGAGAAUCACUACAGUGCCUUGCACAUGGCCGCAGUGAAGGAGAAAUACCUGAUAUGCGAGAAAUUGAUCAAAUACAGUGCCAAUAUGGACUUGAGGACGGACAAAGGGUGGACCCUACACCUGGCUUGUUUUAAGAGCCACAUCAAAAUCGUCUGCCUGCUAAGAGACAACCACGCUAAACUGAAUGUCAAAGGAGGCAUGGAUUGGACACCUCUUCACGUGGCCACCUGCUACAGCAAAGAGUCUGUGGUCUGUGAGCUCCUGAGAAGUAGGGUGGACCCCAAAAUCAUUGAGAAAUCAGAGUUGACCCCUCUCCAACUCGCGGUCCAGUGGGGUGCCUUCCUGAGCACCAUCAACCUUCUGGAGCACAAAGCAGACAUCAAUGUUAAGAACAAGGUGGGCUGGAUUCCCCUGCACCUCGCUGUCCUCAGUGGCAACAUGGCUAUCAUAAAGUCCUUAAUCACAGCUAGUGCUGGGCUGUAUGUGGAGGACAUGACUGGUUGCACGCCCCUCCAGCUGGCCAUUAGGAAUCAAAAGCAAAGCAUUGCUACCUUGCUGAAAGGCAAGGACUUGCUAAUGAAUAACAUGGGGAGCAGGGUGACAUGGAGUGGUGAAAAAACUUAA